AUGUCUGCUCCGGAGCCAGUGGAAGAUACGCCCGCCCCCGUCCCUCUAUGCGCAAGGCAUAUCAUGGACGACCGCAACACCACCAACCAACGAGCGCCUGGAGUCCUCAUCUCCAAGCCCUCCGACCUGACACCUGAGGAGAAGGCCACGGCCAUCAGUCUUCUUAGCGCAUGGUGCAAGAAUCAUAGAGGCGGCUCCGAGCCCCUCGUCUUGACCAACUCUGGGAAAACCAUCGGCCGCGAUCCCGAGUUGCUCGAACAAACCGACUAUGACAUCUUCAUCGAAGUCGGCACCGUCAACACUCGCCUCUCUGGUACACGCAAGAGAAAGCGUGACCAAGAUGAAGUGUCUCAGACCCCCCUCUCCGGCCUACAGGGUGCGACCGCCUACCUAGGCUUGGAAAUCGGUUAUCGCUCUAUCACUUGGAUCGGCAAGUACAAGAGCAAGAGAAAGAACAAGGGCAAGGAAAAUGGCCAGGAAGAGGGGCCUAUCGACCCCUCUAUGAUCAACUAUAAUCUCCAUGAGGACGAGGCUAGCGCCUUUCGAGCUUGUAUUGCCAAUUAUGACAACAGUGAGAUUCGACGCGUCGAGGCCUACAACCGCGAAUACCUCCUGACUCUCGCACGGCGCCGCGUUGCUCAUUUCUCGGAGAAUGGUACCCGGGAGCCUCCCGUCAUUCGCUCUGAGGAUUAUCCCACCAAGGUAGAGCCCCUUGUCCUCGCCAGCGUGGCCUUGAACGAAGUCAAUACGACUGGGGGAAACAAGCUGAUCAUGGAACUUAGCAACGUCGAUUUGUCUCUCCAUCCCUCGAUCAAGGCAGAAAUGCCCCCAUUUCCAGAAGUUGGUUCAACUUCUCGAAAUUUGUCUCGCGACAUACCGUUUUAG